AUGGCCGGAAUUUCUCCACCGGUGGCUCCUCCACCGCGGACAUUGGCUAGUUUCUUCCAAAAACCUCCCGAGGUUGAGGUGAAUGUAGAUUCCCUCAUCAAGCAAGUGAAGUUUGUGAAUGGAACUCCAACUUUGGAGUAUGAAGACGAAGAAUUUGAAAGAUUGGUCGUGCCACAUAGGCUGUGCUUAGUGGGGAAAUUCUCCUAUGGUCGCCCUAAAAUGGAAGAGAUCCACAAUGAAUUUAAGAAAAUUGGUUUUCAAGGUGGGUAUACCUUGGGUCUCAUGAACCCUAGGCAUGUAUUGAUUCGAUUCGAUCAAGAGGAAGAUUACCAAAGAUGUUGGAUUAGAACAUUUUGGAAUAUUGGUGGAUAUUCCAUGAGGAUAUUGAAGUGGAAACCAGGCUUUAAAUUUGAAAAAGACCCCCCGGUUGUACCUAUUCGGGUUUCCCUCUAUGAUUUGCCUAUUGAAUUCAUGCAUCCGGAAGUCAUAUUCUCAAUGGCAACGGCGCUUGGCAAGCCCUUGAAGGUUGAUGCGCCUACUUUGAAUAUGACAAGGUCAUCGUCCUGCAAGAUAGGCCAUAAGGAGGAGGAUUGUCGGGAAGGAAAACCUCCACCGGAAAAGCAAGAAGAAGGGAUGAAAAUGGUUGAGCCAGCCCCAAAGAAAAAAGUGGCAGAGAAGAGUUCCAUUCCAGUGGAUAUCCUAGCAGCAGCGACUCCGGCAUCCACAUCAAACCGAUUUGCGGUUUUGGAAAUGAUUGAAGAAGAAGACGAACUUGUAGUGGUUAAUGAAGACGAACAUGUUCAAAAUGUUUUCAUUAAGGACUUGCCCCCUCCACAACCCAGUAUACAGCAACAAUCAAUCUUGCCAGAGAUAGGCAGUGGGGUUUACUCGCCGAUUGAUCAAUCUCAGGACGAUGGAGAUGUUGGUAGGACCUCGGUUGCUACUGAAUUAGAAGCUGGUGCGCGGGGUAGCUCGUUAGAUGGGGAUAUUGAUGAUGCUCUGGAUGAGUAUUCUGGGAACUCGGUUCAAGACCAGGUGGCUAUGACUGAAUUUAACGAAUUCAUUCUUGAAUGUGAUCUUUUGGAAUUGCCGGUUGUAGGAGAGGUAUUUACAUGGGGUGGAACACGACAUACAGGCUUGGUGAGCAAGAGGCUUGAUAGAGAUUUAAUCUCGCAAGAAUUGAGUGAUUUGUUUCCUAGUUUUUCUUUGGAGAAUAUAAGCAAAACAACUUCGGAUCAUUGCCCUUUGCUUCAUAAGUUUGAUGUCAAUAUUGAAAGCAAGUCAAAGAUCUUUCGCUUUCGAAAAAUGUGGCUGAAAAGAUCUGAUUUUAAGGAGGUAGUGAAGGAGAAUUGGGAGCAGCCAUUGGGGGUUUCGGCAAAGAAAAAAGCUUCUUGGAGUCGUGUUUCAAAAGUUGGAGCUCGGGUUGCGCAGCAUACAAAGAAUAGACAAUCUUUGAUCCCUGAAAUACAAGGUUCUCUCGGCAGCAACAUAAAUGACUUCCUUGCGACGCACAUCCGAGACUGUUUGGAUGAUAAUGGGAAUAAUGAUGAUUUGCUGGUGUGGAAGCAUAAUUCUAUUGGAGAUCUUACGGUGAAAUCGGCUUAUGAUGUGAUCCGGCCAAGGAGGCAAUCGGAAGGAUGGGCGCGUAAUGUUUGGAAUCCUUUUACUCCUUUGCGAGUUUCAAUUUUCUUAUGGAAGUUGCGCAACAGAUUAGUGCCAUUUCCGGAGGUGUGGCGCCAUUUUUCAGCAAUUGUUGGAGUUAAUAUACUUAGGGUUUCUUUGCUGGCAGCCAUGCUUAAUAGAUGGUGGAAUGGAGUGGAUUUUAAAAUAGCUUAUGGAGAAAUGAGGAAUCUUAUACCAUCCCUUAUUAUUUGGCAAAUCUGGAAGUGUCAAAAUAAGGUGACUUUUGAGGGUACUGCCCCCGAUUUGGCCAAGGUAAUCCGAACCAUUGUGGAUCAGGCAGGUUAUGGGUUUGUAAUCAAAGGUGCAUGGGGCUCUUUUAUUUAUGGGGAAAAUGGCUAUCUUGGUGAUGGCGAUAGUUUCAUGGCAGAGGUGUACAGGAUACUAUUCGGUCUCCGCAAGUGUGAGCAGCCUGGUUUAUCAAAUAUUGUUGUUCAGACGGAUAAUAAAUCAUUGGCGGAUUCUUUGGAGAGGGGCUCUAUUUUUCCAUGGAAAUAUUUGUUGCAGCUGCAAGAGAUAUAUGCAUAUUUGCAAAGGAACGCUUUUACUAUCUCUCAUAUAUACAGGGAAGGUAAUGCAGUCGUGGAUAUGAUAGCGAAAAAGGCAUCUUCCGGCUCUUCUGGUGUUUAG